UGAGCUUGUGCUCAAAAGCUUUAACAUCACAAUACAACAUUUCGUUCAUAACAAUAUAUAAUAGAAACAAUAUCAUAUAUAUAUUGUUAGAACUUUUUUUUUGUUAUUAAUUUAUUAAAAGAACUUUUUUUUUGUUGUUUCACUUCUCUUCUCGUCUUCAUGGUGAUGGUACACUUCUCGUUAGUGUGAUAUAUUUUUUUCUCGUAGUGUUUUAAGUAACAGUGAUUAUCUCUUUCUCCUUUCUUUUUUUUGGUUUGUUUUGUUUUCUUCUUUUCCAUCUUUUAAUCCAUUAUAAUCCAUCGAUCGUCUUUAAUCAUCGUCAAUAUAUCUACGCUUAAUCUUCAUCAUCGUCGUUCAUAUUAUUCCUUUAAAUUUGUUUAUCGUCAUUGAGAAUUUGUCUCUUUUUCUCUUGCUUUUUAAUUUUCCAUCAUAUUCCAUGUGUGAGUUAAGUUCCAUUCAGUUUUGGAAAGAGAAAAGGUAAUUUAUCAUCAAUCAUCACAACGAAACAACGAGUUCACAUACAAUCGAAAACCAGGAAAAACAAAUAAGCUAAAAAGAAAAAAAGAAAUCAACUUAUGAAAUAAGACAACAUUCGAUUGCGAAGAAGAAGAAGAAAAUAAUAAGUAAAUCAACAUUCAAAAUCAUUCGAAAUCUUUAAAUUAAAUAAGACGAACUUUUCUAAAGUGUUAAUUGGUUGUUUAUCCAUCAGCAUCUUAUAUUAAAGGUGAACCGUGAUGUUGUUACAACGGGACACGGUUUACUCUCCAUUUCAUUUAUAUUCUGUGUCACAUAAUCCAAUUUUAUCCAAUUUUUUGCUCUCCUUAUCAAUAUCCAUCUCACUUUCAUUAACUGCUUCCUCAUCCUCGGUGGGUCCACAACCCAAUGAAGUGUAUUCAGUUGACCUGUUAUCAAGACAGAAUGCAAAACAACAUGCAACAAUUAAAUAUGAAUUAUUAGAUGGUAAUUUUCCACCUCUAAUUGUUAGAAGAGGUGCAACAUUUAAAAUGACCAUUGGUCUAGUUAAAUCGUACAAACCUUCAUUAGAUAAGAUCCGGAUGGAAUUUAUGUACGGCCCGAGGCCACAAUUGGGAAAGGGAACAUUAAUCUAUCUUCCUAUUACCCUGAAUACACCGGAAAACAAGGAUACCAAUAAGUGGCGUGCCAAAAUACUUUCAGUCAGUGACAAUCAGCUUCUAAUUGAGGUUUAUAUACCACCAACCGCUGCAGUAGCGGCAUGGAAAUUACGAAUCUCAACUAAACAAAAUGGAUCUCGAAAUAUAAGGUCUUUCGAUGUGAGGGAAGACAUUUACAUCCUUUUUAAUCCAUGGUCUAAAUUGGAUACCGUUUACCUAGAAAGGGAAGAUUUAAAACAUGAAUUUGUAUUAAUGGAUAUUGGUAAAAUUUAUAUUGGUUCAUAUAAUCAACCCAAAGGUAGACAAUGGAUUUAUGGACAAUUUAAUCGAGAUGUUUUACCUGCAAUUAUGUAUAUGAUGGGGAAAACACGUUUAGAUUAUGCGGCAAGAAGUAAUCCAAUCAAGGUUGUCCGAGCAGUUGCACAAAUGGUAAACAGUCAUGACGAUAAUGGUCUUUUAGUGGGUAAUUGGUCUGGAGAUUAUAAGAGUGGAACACCACCGUGGAGUUGGACUGGAAGUGCACCAAUUUUGGAGCAAUAUUUGGAGACCAAUGGUGAACCCGUUAAAUUUGGCCAGUGUUGGGUAUUUGCCGGUGUUACUACUACAGUUUGUCGUGCACUCGGUAUACCUGCUCGCACGGUGACCAAUUUUGUUUCAGCUCAUGACACAGAUGAUUCUCUUACGGUGGAUAAAUUUUUCGAUGCCAAAGGUCAACCUAUUACUGAUGUUAACGCUGAUUCUAUUUGGAAUUUCCAUGUUUGGACUGAUGUUUGGAUGACCCGACCCGAUCUUCCUGCUGGUUAUGGUGGCUGGCAGGUUAUCGAUGCUACACCACAGGAAACCUCUGAAGGACUUUACCGAACGGGACCUGCUUCGGUUGAAGCGGUUCGUCGAGGUGAAAUUGGACUUCACUAUGAUGCUCCUUUCGUCUUUGCCGAGGUCAAUGCUGAUCUGGUCCAUUGGAAACUUGAUGAAACAUCACCACUUGGGUGGAAAAAGAUGAUGACCAAUAAACACCAUGUUGGUCGUAAGAUAAUAACCAAAAAAGUGGGCUACAUAUCGGAAGCUCCGGACACUCGAGAUGCCGAUGAUAUAACUGAACGUUAUAAAAACAAGGAGGGAACAGCCGAGGAACGAAUGUCCGUCCUAAAUGCCGCUCGAGCGGGUGGACUGGCCUAUCUUUUUGAAAUCCCCGAACCGGACAGAGAAGAUAUUAAAUUUGAAUUGGUUAAAAUUGAGCGAGUUCCUAUUGGUCAACCUUUCCAUAUUAUCGUCCGAAUGUACAAUAAGAGUCCAUUGAAACGUACGAUAACCCUUUCAGUUUCGGUAAACAGUGUCUUCUAUACUGGAAUAUUAGCCCAUAAGGUCAAAACGGAAAGACGAGAGAUUGACAUUGGACCGGGUAAAGUCUUUGAACAUCGGGUUAACAUUUUGGUCGCUGAUUACUUACCUUACCUGGUUGAUUAUUCGAUGCUUAAAAUAUACGCCGUUGCCUCGGUCAAGGAAACAUCGCAAACUUGGUCGGAAGAAGAUGAUUUUGCCGUUGAAAAGCCUCCACUUGCAUUGACCGUCGUCUCCUCAGGUCAUGGAUUGACCGUUGGUGUCCCCUUUAACCUUGCCAUUGAGAUAACUAAUCCACUUAACGUGGUGCUUACAAGUUGUAAAUUAACCGUUGAAGGAACCAGUCUAGUUAAUCGGGUUCAAACAGUGGCCAUACCAGAUAUCAAUAAGAAGACCAAAAUUUCACAUGUCGUCCAAUUGACCCCUCGGCGUCCAGGGGAAUCUAACAUCGUCGUUACCUUCCAGUCCAAACAACUUGGUGAUGUUUAUGGAUCUAAGACCAUUUUAAUUGGUUAAAUUGAAUCAAUUUAAUGAUUUACUAUUACUACUACUACUUUUGGACGAUUAUAUAAUUGAUAUCAUUAUUAUUAUCAUCAUCAUCAUCAUCAUUAUUGAUUACUACAAACAACAAUCAUCAUCAAUAACAACAAUCAACGAUCAUCAAAGUUAUCAGAUAUCAACGUGUUUUUUUUGUUGUUGAUGUCUUUUUGCAAACAAUCACGAUUUUUUUUCUAAUCUCAACACAACUACAAUCAACAAUCAAUUUAUAAAACAACAAAAAAAACUCCAAAUUGAAAAAUUGAAAUCUACAAUUAAGAUUAAAAAAACAUUAAACUUGAUUUUAAAUAAAAAACUACAAAAUUUACAAAACAUUAAA